AUGGCGCGGCCUUACGGACUCCCGUCGAAUACGAGAGACUCGCUGGAACUCGCUUCCUUGGCUAGCUCGAGUCAGCUCAACGAAGAGGGGGCUACAGAGAUCUCGUCAAGGCCCAGCAUAUCGUCGUCGCGGAGACUGUCGCUCGAACAAGAUGACCCCCUCGACAGUGCCAAUCCUGCAAACAGGAUGAAUCGAUCCUACUCAGUAUCCUCAGCUUUUGACUUCUCUGCCAACAUGUUCCCUUUAAGCUCUACGGCUGGUGCCGAAGGUUACGCUCCCAUUGGAGCACCAACAUCAAGAUCGAGACCGAGCGGCGGCUUGGGAGGAGGGUCGUUGGAGAAAAACAAGACUUUGACAUACUUGAACGGAUUGUCGCUGAUUGUGGGACUUAUUAUCGGCUCAGGGAUCUUUUCUUCGCCAGGAUCUGUGAGCACAAGAGUUGGGUCGCCCGGUGCAGCGAUACUCGUCUGGAUUAUCGCGGGUAUACUCGCUUGGACAGGCGCUGCGUCUUACGCUGAGCUCGGAGGAGCGAUCCCUCUCAAUGGCGGCGCUCAAGUUUACUUGGCCAAGACGUUUGGCGAGGUGAUAGGCUUCCUCUUUACAUGGGUUGCCAUGUUGGUUCUUAAGCCUGGUAGUGCCGCUAUCAUCGCCAUCAUCAUGGGCGAAUACUUUGUUCGAGCCUUCAUCGGUCCUGACGCCGAGCACGUAAGCCCCUGGAUCAACAAGGCUGUUGCGCUUGUAGGACUGUUCAUUGUAACGUUCUUGAACUGUGUGUCUACGAAGCUCGGCACGCGUGUGAACGAUACGCUCAUGUUCCUGAAAUUCAUCGCUUUGCUGGGCGUCACGGUUACUGGCGUUGUCGUUGCCAUUACAGGAAAGACGCUCAAGGGCAAGUCGGAAGUUGAGUGGAAGCCGCAUCAGCUGUUUGAAAACACAUCGACCGACAUGUCUGCCUGGGCUCUAGCCCUCUAUGCCGGUCUUUGGGCAUAUGAUGGCUGGGACAAUACAAACUACGUCGUUGGAGAGUUCAAGAACCCAACUAAAGACCUACCCCGAGUUAUACACACAGCCAUGCCUCUCGUCAUCCUCUGCUAUGUGCUAGCUAACAUCGCCUACUUCCUUGUCCUACCUCUCGAGAGCAUGGACGGGUCCAAUACAGUAGCUGUCAUGUUUGGCAACCGAGUGUUUGGUUCCGUAGGCUCACUCAUUCUCGCACUUAUAGUUAGCGCCAGUUGUUUCGGAGCCCUCAACUCUUCGACUUUCACCUCUAGCCGUUUGGCAUAUGUAGCUGGCAAAGAGGGCUACAUUCCUUCGAUCUUUGGCACUAUUGGUAUUGGGGGCAGCCCACACGAGCACGAGCUCAGCACGCAGCGUACACGAAGUUGGUUCACGCGUAAGAUGCGAAGAAUGUUUGGCGAUGAAGAUGCUGGACUGUUUUAUACGCCAGUCUAUGCACUCAUUCUCAACGCUGUCCUUACAGUUGGUUACGUAGUUGUUGGCGAGUUCAGCACCCUCGUCACCUUUUAUGGCGUUGCAGGCUACACAUUUUAUUUCCUCACAGUCCUGGGUCUGAUCAUCCUACGUGUGCGAGAGCCAGGACUCGUACGACCGUACAAGACGUGGAUCACGACACCCAUUAUUUUCUGCUGCGUUAGUCUCUUCCUCCUCAGCCGUGCUGUCUUUGCACAGCCUUUCCAGACUAUCGCCGUCGUAUUCUUCGUGGUAGCUGGUGUGCCUGUUUAUUUCUGGCGUAUUAGAGGGCGAGAUGAGCAGGUAUUGAGACGGAGAGGACAGCCCAGUGAGGAAAAGAAGUGGUGGCAAUUCUGGAAAUGA